GCCGGGUACUGAGGAGACCACACCCCCCAGUGGGCGGGCCUCGCGGAGGCGGGACUUCCUGUCCCGGGUAGCCCCACUACCUCCGGAAGAGCUGAGCCCUGGAUACCAUCGGCUGUAGAACCUGCUGGACUUCUUAUAAUCAGAGAAGAUGGCUGAUCCUUGGCAGGAGUGCAUGGAUUAUGCAGUGACCCUCGCAAGACAAGCUGGAGAGGUGGUUCGUGAAGCUCUCAAAAAUGAAAUGAAUGUUAUGAUUAAAAGUUCUCCAGCUGAUUUAGUAACUGCUACUGACCAAAAAGUUGAGAAAAUGCUUAUUGCUUCCAUAAAGGAAAAGUAUCCAUCUCACAGUUUCAUUGGUGAGGAAUCUGUAGCAGCUGGGGAAAAAAGUACAUUAACCAACAACCCCACGUGGAUCAUUGACCCAAUUGAUGGAACAACCAACUUUGUACAUAGAUUUCCUUUUGUAGCUGUUUCAAUUGGCUUUGUUGUAAAUAAAAAGAUGGAAUUUGGAGUUGUAUACAGUUGUAUAGAGGAUAAGAUGUAUACUGGCAGAAAAGGAAAAGGGGCCUUUUGUAAUGGCCAAAAACUUCAGGUUUCACAACAAGAAGAUAUUACCAAAUCACUCUUGGUGACUGAGCUGGGCUCUUCUAGAACACCAGAGACUGUUAAAAUUAUUCUUUCUAAUAUGGAGAAACUUCUUUGCAUUCCUGUUCAUGGGAUCCGAGGUGUUGGCACGGCAGCUGUUAAUAUGUGCCUCGUGGCAACUGGAGGAGCAGAUGCGUAUUAUGAAAUGGGAAUUCACUGCUGGGAUAUGGCAGGAGCCGGCAUCAUUGUCACCGAAGCUGGUGGUGUGCUAAUGGAUGUAACAGGAGGGCCAUUUGAUUUGAUGUCACGAAGAAUAAUUGCUGCAAGUACUAGAGCACUAGCAGAAAGGAUUGCCAAAGAAAUACAGAUAGUACCUUUUCAGAGGGAUGAUGAAGAUUAAUGACUGCAGCUCACCUUCAGUGACAGCCACUUUUCCCCAGAUGCAUUGAUGCACUGAUGGACAUCUGUUUCCGAUGUAGGAUACUGAUUUCAAUUGUCUUUGAUGUCCAGAUGAAAAAAUUGGAAAUUGUUCCAUAGACUAAGACUAGGUAUGUAAGAAUAGCCAUAAUGUUUGUUUCACUGUUGUAAAAAAUUUGCAUGUAAGAAUGUACUUUACAGGAAGUAAGCUGUUCGCGAGAUAUGUAUUACACCAGCUAAAAUGGUCCAUUAGAAGGUGUGUGUUUCUAAAUAUAUAUAGUCCUCAGGAAUAUAUGACCCUCAGAAGUGUAACCCUCAAUCAGAAAGUUACCUUUUUGGAAACAAUUUUCUCUUUGGUUCUAAAAGCCAUCUUUAAGUUUGUAAGGAUAUAACAGGGACACCCUAGCCAGACAUUUUUUUCUUUGCAGAGAGCCCCAUUUUCUUGUAUUCAUCAGUGUACCCACAGUGCUUCGCACAGUGACUGCCAGACAGUAGACAGUUCAAAAACAUGCAUUAUGAGCAUUUUAAGAAUGAUACAUGAAGUCAGGAACGCACCAUUUCGUGUGUUUGCUUCAGGUUGUAAAGUUAACAUUACGUAGUUUUCCUUUUUUAUAUUUCACAUCACCGUACUGCCAGGUAGCAUUGCAGAGUAGACAUUUCUGUGAUUAAUGUUUUCCAAAGCACCUCAUCACAGGGUGCUUCCCUUCAGUGUCCACAACCAGGGGCCAGAGGAGAAACUGUUUCCCGAAAGCACUCUUCUCAGUGUCUGUUCUAAUCAGAUCCAGUCUACCCUGUCUGAAGGAGGCUCACACCGCUGCGGUGGUACUGGCAAUGCACUGUGUGGUUAACACUGAACCAUUUGGUUUCUUCCCAAACUCCUUAGUUAACUUCACUGCUGCUGUACUGUAGGAAGCCUUUAAGUAUUUCUUAAUAGCCUUUGGCCUAGAAAAUGCAAGAAGAAAAUUUUACUGGUUCAUAGACAUUUCUAAAGCAUUAAUUUAUUGUUUAGCUUUGUCUCUUGGCUUGUGAACAGCUUGUUAAAUUCUGUUAUACGGUUGUAUGAGCCUUGCAUUUGAUAAGAUGAAAAACGCUUCUUUAUAGUACUCAAGGUUGGGGGUUAUUUUAUUGUUGUGUACGCCUAGUACACUAAAUAUUUAUGAUACCAAGAUUUAGGUAUUAUAAUAAUUUCUGUACUUACACUGUUGGUCACUUUUACUUUAAACAUCUCAUACUGUAUUCUAAGACCAGUUGUUUUUGCAAUUAAAUUUAUUUUAAUUAAGUCUAUCAUGAAUAAAAGUUUAAAUAAAAA